AUGCAAAACAUGGGAAGAGAAAAUGGGACCUCCACGGUAGGUUUUACCCUCCUUGGACUGUUCCCGGGAUCGAGACAUGUUGGCUUCCUCAUCUGCACGAUUCUCCUCGUCUAUGUUGUUGCCAUCACAGGAAACACCACCCUGGUCCUCCUCAUCUCUCUGGAUCCUUGUCUCCACAGCCCCAUGUACUUUCUCCUCAGCCAGCUCUCCCUCAUGGACAUCUCCCUCAUCUCCACCACUGUCCCCAAGAUGCUCACCAACUUCUUCUCAGGGAUGUCAGCUAUCUCAUACAUCGGCUGUGUGACUCAGGUCUAUUUAUAUUCCUCCCUUACAGGCAGUGAGUGCGUUCUGCUCACACUUAUGGCCUACGAUCGAUAUGUGGCUAUUUGUAAUCCUUUAAGAUAUGUGGUUAUUGUAAAUUCUGAAACUUGUCUGCAGAUGUCCAUUAUGUCAUGGUUAGGGGGAGCACUAAAUGGCUUCGUGCAAACUUUAUUUACAAUGCACUUUCCCAGAUGUGGCUCAAAAGAAAUCCGCCAUUUCUUCUGUGAGCUAGAGGCAGUCCUCAAGCUGUCAUGUGAGGACUCUUCAACUUACUGGAAAGUUGUGUUUAUGUCUGCAGUCAUAUUGAUCCUUACUCCCUUCAGCCUUAUUCUGACCUCGUACAUUUUUAUCUUCCUCACUGUUUUCCGCUUAAAUUCUACCAAGGCAAGGCAUAAAGCUCUUGCCACCUGCUCUUCCCAUCUGCUGGUGGUGCUUUUCUACUUUGGUCCAACCAUGUUGAUUUGCAUGACUCCCAGAUCCUUGCACACCACGGAGCAGGAGCAGGGUCUCUCUGUCUUCUACACCAUCCUCACCCCCAUGCUGAACCCCCUCAUAUACAGCCUAAGGAACAAGGAGGUAAGAGAGGCUCUGAGGAAAGUUCUGAGAAAAGUCUAA